AUGCGGCCAAGUAGCGGGAGCCUGCAGCCUCCAUAUGACUGCCCUGAAUACAGCAGUACCCCGUACAGCCAACAGCAGCAGCAGCAGUUCCGAGGUGACGCUGACCGCGAUCGCCCUUCGCCUGUAAACACGCUCGGGGCGUCAACCCCAUUCUACCACCCGUUGUCACCAGCAUUGAAACACACGUCGCAGCAGUCGUACUACGAGCCGAGCUCCCCGCCCGUCUCGAUCUCCCACCUCUCGUACGCUCUGGAGCAGCACAAACCCAGUGCAGCUUACCACCCUCAUCAGCGUCACCAUCACCACCAUCAAGAGCCUUCCGAUUACCGCUCUCCAGCCCUCACGAUCAAAGCUCGUUCGAAACCACUCGUGGUUAUGGAAGAAGUGUGCGACGUCUGUCGGUACCCGGACCCGAUCCUCGUCGCUCCGGACUGUCGCCACACUUUCCACUCGCGGUGCGUCCACGUUUGGCCCCUUCACGUCUGUCCGGUUUGUGCGGCGCCACUGGAUCAAGUGGCGAUCUCACCGAGUAUCGAUAUGAUGGCUCGACCCGAGCCCCGCAGUGGCAAGUGGACUCGUCAGGAAGAAAACUUCAUUGACGUCGUCCUGCGUGAGUUUGACCGGCAGGCGCUUCCACUGGCACAUGGGACGCCCAUUCGCUUGGUGCUGGCGAAAAUGCUCAACUGCUCGACGAUGCGCUUGUCCAAGAAGUUCCAGAAGAAUGCCUUGGGAAAACGGACUUUCAGGGUCGUCCAGCCUACUAAGGGGAAGAAGGCGCUGCAGUUUGACCCGACGGAUCACGUCCAGCGACAACGGGAGCUGUCGCAACUGGAGCAAGCUUUUCGACAGGAGCUCAUUGACCAGUUCCAGCGCGAGAACAACACGAACGACGGCGCGUUGGUCGAAACGCAGUGUCUCCGCGUCGCGGUGCAGCAGUUCUGGGUGAGCAACUUGCUGCGGUUUGCCGUGCUUGUAGGGCAGCCUGUGAUGGGGCUGGACGUCUCGGACGCCAAGAAGCGCAAGCGCGCCAUGCAGCUCCUUCGCAAUGGACAGUACGACGAGCUGCUGUCGUGGCACCCUCAGCAUUUGUCUCGUGGCAGUACAGGGAUGACGCCCAUGCCGCCUGUUCUUGCAGCAACAUCGAACGACAUGCACACUGUGCCUACGUCGUGGAACACCCCCAGUGCUGCAGUGUACGCAUCUUCCGUGCUUGGACACAUGCAGCAGGACAGAGGAGUGUGCAUACCAGCACUGGUGCAACAACUCGAGCGACCCGUGAAGAAAAAACGCACGCCUGAAGUGGACAGCGACGGCGGUCGCUUUGGAUUAACAAUGGACCAAUCCUCGGCGUGUCUUCAGUAUGGACGUAUCUCCCCUCGUCCGACAUCCGUCUCCUCAUACGAAUACAACCACCAGCAACAACAGCAGCAGCAAGGGUAUCAAUCCGAGCCAUUUGGCCGUCCAUCCUCUAUUUGUUCGCCAUAUCCAGAAGACAGGACGGACAAAGAGACGUCAAUUGGGUACGCCAAUGGGUGGCUGCGGUCGCGACAACAAGAUCAGCAGUUGGUCACGGGACUUGCGGGUCCGGAUGAAACGACUGUAAGGGAUCAGCGGACGGGCUUUGUUGCAACUGGAGGAGGAUAUCCACGACCAGGUGAUGCUGCUUACCACGUUAGUAGUAGCGGGGCUGCUCAAGUCGCUCCGUGGGAUGGUCUCUUGGAAACCAUGUCGUCCGAAGUUCCUGUCGGAAGCUCGGCCUCAAGAAUGAAAAGCCACUUGUCUCAAUGUGGCGAUCCAGCCAUGCACUCGUGGUCCACCAUGCACAUGAUGUGA